GUUGGUGAGUGGAGCACCGUCUUAACGUAAUGAGAGAUUAGUUUGUGCAGUCACAAUACGUAAACCUGAGAAACAAGUCUUACCUCCUGACAAAUUCCCUUCGUUAUAGCAUGUUUUAGUCGUUUCCCCAUAAGCAGAUACGUUUCCCAUCCCCAUCACCCUGACACGAAGCUGCAGACAUGGUAGAGCCAACACACAAGUUUGCAUCCCUAGAAGAGGAGCUGGGGUUUUGGAAGGAGCAGGCAGAGGCACAUCAGCAAAGGGCUGAUGAGGCUCAGGAGGAGCUGCAGGAGUUUCAGCAGAUGAGUCGAGACUAUGAAGCGGAGCUGGAAACGGAGCUGAAGCAGUGUGAGACUCGAAACAAAGAUCUGCUAUUAGACAACAACCGACUACGCAUGGAACUUGAAAGCAUAAAGGAAAAAUUUGAGACGCAGCAUUCCGACGCUUUUAGGCACAUAUCAACCCUGGAGGAAAAUCUAGCACAAACCACCGCAGUGAGAGAUCACCUGCAGAAAUACAUCAGAGAGCUAGAGCAGUCCAACGAUGACCUGGAGAGGACCAAAAGAGCUACCAUCAUGUCUCUGGAGGACUUUGAGCAGCGGAUGAACCACGUCAUUGAGAGGAACGCUUUUCUGGAAAGCGAGUUGGACGAGAAAGAGAACUUGCUGGAAUCUGUGCAGAGGCUGAAGGAUGAAGCCAGAGACCUUCGGCAGGAGCUGGCUGUACGUCACAAGGAGAGACGGCCGUCAAGCAGCCUGGGCAAAGACGGGGACCUGUUGUGCCCCCCCGCCGGUAACGCAGCCGUCCCAGUUACACCCGCAAAGCCCAUCAGCUCAUUCGCCACGCCACCUGUUUCCAGUAUACGACGAGGCGAUGGUCUAACGGGGACUCCCCUCACCACCUCUGCUAGAAUAUCUGCACUCAACAUUGUCGGGGAGCUGCUCAGAAAAGUUGGAAAUCUGGAGUCAAAGUUGGCGUCCUGUCGAGACUUUGUGUACGACACGUCUGUCAGCCGACCUGCACUCCCGGCUGGCCCCGGUAGUCCCUCUGCUUUAGAAAGGGGGUCCGAUGUCCAAGCGAGCAGCAUGAGCCCCCCUCCUCAGUACGACAGUUUGGUGAAGCGGUUAGAGUUUGGACCAGCUCCUCCUCGAGUCGUCUCCCAGGGCGCCCAGUCUCCGCAGGGAGGAGUAAAAAUUCUGCUAUGAGCGGGGAAAAGAAGUAGAACCACCUCCCGCCUUCAAUAACCUGCUUCCCCCCCACACACUGUCCCCCUCACCAUCCUCAAUAAACUUCAGCAGUGGGACGUUGAACUAAACAGUCUUCCCUUGUCACCACUUAUCCUGCUGAACUAUUUCCAACAAGGAAGCCACUCUCCUCGCUCCGUGCCCUACAUUCCCAGCACGUGGACGUCUGCUGCCUCAGGCUACAGCAACACCACAUCUAUCACAGCGUGUGUGAACUCCAGGAGCCGAGAACCUCCCGUUAUCUCUUCUUCUGAAUAUCUUUGGCACUGUGACAGUACCUUAUGAAGAAACAGGACUGUGGAAAUGUUACUCUUCCUUAAAAACUACAUUUAUAGGGGUCGUUGCAUCAAUAAUUACAUUAUCAAUAAUCGCAUUUGACCCUGAUAAAGGGACCGAGAACCUGGAGUUUUUCUAUCAAAGGUUUGAUCGUAGAAAUAUUGUUUAUUGUGGUGGAAACUUCUGAAGCAAUGGAGACGAAACUCAGAGAGACGCUGGAGCGCAGGAACUUGAUGGCAAAACACUGUUGGAUUUAUUCAGAGUUACGGCCGGAGAAUUGACAAGACAUUUACUGUAGACACGAGUUGCCACAGCCGUUGCCAAACCAAUCCUGAAGAUCUCGACAAUAGGAAGAGGUUUUAACUAGUUCCAAAUGGAUAAUCAACAUUCUUCAAACAUCAGACUAAACAAGCUCAGACAAUACGUUUAACUUAAACUGUCAUCUAGGUCACAAAUAAGGUGUUUCCCGGAGCAUAGUGGGCCAGAUAAACUGGUGCUAGCUGUCCCUAAACAAUAAAGCCAAUCUUAGGUCAGCGUGAGCUUGUACCCACUGUGGGAACAACAAGGCUUCGGAAGCCCAGGCUGCCCCUCCUUAAUGAAGAUAACAGCACCUUCAAGGCCGUAGAGCCAGGUCGAAGGAGGACCGAGAGAAAAGACACAACUGGCUAACUUGAAAACAAGCAGUACACAAGCAGCUGUGAGGAGACCAAUGGUCACGUGUGUGAAGAGGUCACAGGCCUGAGCGAAAGGUUUACAAGCUUACACAAAAUAUUCCCUAACAUUUAUGAGCAAAUCCAAACCAAAGCUGAUCAAAGACUAAUGGGCGGGUUUAGAGGUAUUUUCUCUUUGAAUCUUAUAUUAGAAAACACGGUAGAACUUAAUCAUUUCAAUAACACACCUGUCUUUAUUCUUUGGGCUUGAAUUAUGUAGCAUCAUCAGCAUAUAUUAAUUUAUGUGAGGAACAUUGACGGGCAGAUAUAGACUCAUUUUUUUUACUGCUGUAAAAGUCGCUGCAGGAGGUGGUGUUAGCAUUUUAACCACCGCUGGCUUCAUCAAUUACCUCUUCAGUUUGUAGGGCUUGGUUUGCUAACAGAUGAAGUUUAUGGUUCCGUAUGCUGUCAGGUGUCUAGGAAUCGGAUAAAGUCACUUCCCUUCAGGCUAGGUUCAUCUCACAUGGUUUUCUUUCGCCUUCUUCCUGCCAUCGCACAGACUCAUUGUCAUCUGGUAUGCAAGACUUCUGAAUAUGGAGUUUAGGAAAAAGUGUUCUGCCUCAGAGCAGUUCACUUGUCAUCUAGGUGUUACCAAUGAUUUUUAUACAGAUUUUAGGAGACUGUAGAAGUUAGGUGGGCACAUGUUUACUACUGAAUGUAUAGUAAUAAAUCCUGAAUAGGUGUGAGAGCUCCUGCCUGCCAUCAGGAGUUGUGAUGGUGAGGAGAAAUCAAAGCAAUAAUAGAUUUUAACUGGUCAAAGACAAGCACAGCUCAUAGUAUAUUUGUGUUGGUACAUAGAGCCUAUAUUGAAUAUUGCCUUUUCAUAAGAGAUAUUAUGGAGGAAAUAGUGAUUUAUUGUGACUUUUUUUGCUUUUUCUUGAAAUGUUUAUCUGUCACUACUGCCAUCCAGCAGCUUAUUAAAGAAAACUUCCUAUACAUAUCUAAAUACAACAUGCAUACAGCAGUGUCACUGUAUACAGCAGUGUGGAGUUAACUCGUGGUUCCUUUGCUGUCUAACCUUCCUUGAACUAACUCUGUAAAUGUAAUCCAUGAACACUGUGUACUGUUUGUUUGUACGCAGCACCUCUGCUACUGUUUCUAAACUGUAUGUGCCUGAGGUACUAUACCCAACUACGAUCCCGUUGGUUUGCAGUUGAUUUUUCUAUUGAGGUGAACGGAUGAUGAUCUUUGAAGUGACUGACGAGACGGAAACAUUAAAAGGAGAAAAUCGA